CAUACGGUUGACGCUAAAGGGAAAGUCUGUCUGUACGGCUACGAGGAAGCCGGCGAAGCAACAUCACAUAAUCCGAGCUGGUGAUGUUGUGUAACUACUUGUCUUCUUCAUCAUAAUGCCUGUAGAAGCUGCAGAGCACCAGGCGUCCUCCUCCGUCUCCAGCCCGGUCAGUGCUGCUCUCACGCCCGGAGGUUCGGAAGAGGAUGGACCUGCCAGGGGACCUGCUGUCUGCUCCUUCCCAGAGAACGGUCAUGGUUCUGAGGCAGCCGCAGCCUACCCUGCCAACUCUGGACCCGGGGAGGGCAACAGUGCCGGCAAGCGGUCGGGAGCCCUGCUGCAGAUCGACCGGCUGCGGAUCCAGGUGGCAUCCGCCAGUUCCGGUGCAGACGAGCUCCAAGGCCUCGGCGUGGCCGUGUACGAUCAGGACGUCCUCGAGCAAGGCGUCCUGCAGCAAGUGGACGAGGCGAUCCACGAAGCGAGUCAGGCUGCUGCUAAAGCCGAGGCCGAGAAGGAGUACCAGUCUGUGCUAGAUGAUGCCAGGUCCGUCACGACAUCUUUGAAACAGAUCAACAAGAUCAUCGAGCAGCUGUCCCCCUAUGCCGCCUCCAGCAAGGAUAUCAGCAGGAAGAUUGAGUCUGUGAAACGGCAGAAAGAGAACAAGGAGAAACAGCUGAAGAAAGUCAGAGCGAAACAGAAGCGGCUUCAGGCCAUCCUGGGAGGAGAAGACAUUCAGAGGGUGGAGGCUGAGCUGCUGGCUGAAGACGAUGGAGAAGAAGCACCUGGACCAUCCACGCUGGGCAGCAUGCUCAUGCCAGCGCAGGAGACCGAAUGGGAGGAACUCAUCCGGAAAGGCCACAUGACUCCUUUCGGCACCCGAAUCCCACAGAAGGAGGUAAAGAAGGAGCCGCGGAAACUGAUGCUGGCGGAGAACUCGGCGUUUGACCAGUACCUGACGGACCAGGCCAAGCUGGCUACCGACCGCAGGAGGGUUCCUCUUCUUAAGAAGAAGAAGAAGAAGAAAGAUUCUGCACUCAGUCUUUAUGAGGGGACCAAGGGUAAAACAGGAAAAACCGUUUCCUCAUCCAAAGAGAAAAAACUGAAAAAGCGCAUGCGAAAGCUGCAAAUAAACGCCUUGAGGACCCAACCUAAGACCCGAUCCAAGGCGGAACCAAAGCCUCCGAAGCCGCGGAGGAAGCGACACGCAGAGGGAGAGCAAACAGACAGCGAGGGGUCGGAGUACCUGCCCAGUGAUGAGGGACUGGAUUUGGACCAGGAGGAGAGGGACGCCAUGGAAGAGGGCUUUGGUGAUGAUGACGAUGAUGACCGUGAUGAGUAUGAACUAAAACCGUACAAGAAAAAAACGGUGAGGACAGGAAGGAAGGGAAUUAAGAAAAACGACAGUGAGGACGAAUACUCCCCCGAGAGUUCAGAUGAGGACAGCGAUAACGGAGGUAAAUCCAAGAAAUCUAAAGACGACGGGGAUGUGGACUGCUACAGGCAGAGGAUGAGGAGAUGGAAGCGCCAGCGACUUCGAGAGCGAGAGGAGAAGCGAGAAAGGGGGGAGGAGCUUACGGACGACAGCGACGCAGAGUUUGAUGAAGGCUUCAAAGUUCCCGGUUUCCUCUGGAAAAAACUCUACAAGUACCAGCAGACCGGCGUGCGGUGGAUGUGGGAGCUCCACUGUCAGCAGGCGGGAGGCAUCCUGGGAGACGAGAUGGGACUGGGCAAAACCAUCCAGGUCAUCAGCUUUCUGGCAGGACUAAGCUACAGCAAACUGAGGACUAGAGGGUCCAACUACAGAUACGUGGGUUUAGGUCCAACGGUGAUCGUGUGCCCAGCCACGGUCAUGCACCAGUGGGUGAAGGAGUUCCACACCUGGUGGCCUCCUUUCAGAGUGGCGGUCCUGCACGAGACGGGCUCUUUCACCAGCAACAAGGAAAAGCUGAUUCCAGAAAUAGCAGCCUGUCACGGCAUCCUGAUCACCUCAUAUUCAGCGGUGAGGAACUUGCAGGACGCCUUGCAGCGCUACGACUGGCACUAUGUUAUACUCGAUGAGGGCCACAAGAUCAGGAAUCCCAAUGCUGGGGUCACCGUCGCCUGCAAACAGUUUCGAACUCCCCACAGGUUCAUCCUGUCUGGCUCGCCUAUGCAGAACAACCUGAAGGAGCUGUGGUCUCUGUUUGACUUCGUCUUCCCUGGCAAACUGGGGACCCUCCCCGUCUUCAUGGAGCAGUUCUCUGUGCCGAUAACCAUGGGAGGAUACAGCAACGCGUCGCCCGUCCAGGUCCAGACGGCGUUCAAGUGCGCGUGCGUGCUGAGGGACACCAUAAACCCGUACCUGCUCAGAAGAAUGAAGGAUGACGUCAAGGCCAACCUCUCCUUACCUGAUAAGAACGAGCAGGUGCUGUUCUGCAGACUAACAGAGGAGCAGCGGCAGGUUUAUCAAAGCUUCUUGGAUUCCAAAGAAGUCUACCAAAUAUUAAACGGCGACAUGCAGGUGUUCUCGGGCUUGAUUGCGCUGCGUAAGAUCUGCAACCACCCGGACCUUUUCUCCGGCGGGCCCCGGCUGCUGAAGGGAAUCCCCGAGGAGCAGCUGACCGAGGAGGAACAAUUUGGCUUUUGGAAACGCUCGGGCAAGCUGAUGGUGGUUGAGUCGCUGCUGCGCCUCUGGUACAAACAGGGCCACCGGGUGCUGCUCUUCACCCAGUCCAGACAGAUGCUGGACAUCUUGGAGGUGUUCGUAAGGGAGAAGAACUACUCGUACCUGAAAAUGGACGGCACGACCGCCAUCGCUUCCCGACAGCCGCUCAUUGCUCGCUACAACGAGGAUAAAUCCAUUUUUAUCUUCCUGCUGACCACUAAAGUUGGUGGUCUGGGAGUCAACCUGACUGGAGCCAACAGAGUUAUCAUUUAUGACCCAGACUGGAACCCAAGUACCGACACACAGGCUCGAGAACGAGCGUGGAGGAUAGGUCAGAAGCAGCAGGUAACCGUCUAUAGGCUGCUGACAGCAGGGACCAUCGAAGAGAAAAUCUACCACAGGCAAAUCUUCAAGCAGUUUCUCACCAAUCGCGUUCUGAAGGAUCCCAAACAAAGGCGCUUCUUCAAGUCUAACGACAUCUACGAGCUCUUCACUCUGGCUGAUCCGGAUCGAACUCAGGGGACGGAGACCAGCGCCAUAUUUGCAGGCACCGGAUCUGACGUCAAAGUACCCAAAAAACCCGAAAGGUUAAAGUCAUCGCCCUCCGUGAACGGUUUCAGCCAUAAACAGUCGGCAGGAAAACCGAGUGAAUCCAGGCCAGAGAGCAGAAACUCCUCAUCGAGAGAAAUCCCAGCACCGAGAGACGGCAACAUAUCUCCAUCCAGUGGAAACUGUCAGGGUAAAUCAAAUGCGCCGACGGACGGCUCAAAUGGAAAUGCCCAAAAUAUAGAGAUGGAUAACUCUGCAAAUACGCUUGUGGCGAGAGGCAAAAACAACUCGGAUUCAGCUGAGAGGGCAGACAAAGGCGCGGCUGCCUCUCACCAGCACACAGACAGGGGGAAGCACAGGGAAAAGAGAAAGCACUUUGACUCUGCUGGCAUGGACAAACACAAGCAGAGAAAACGGAAGCACUCCAGGGACGCUCGCUUCGAAGGCCACCGCAUCUCCCACCUGGUGAAGAAGCGCACCUACAAGAAAGAUGAACGCGAAGAGAGUCCGCCAGAAGACCAGAGAAAGUCAGACGACUACGUCUUGGCGAAGCUCUUCAGGAAAUCUGGUAUCCACAGCGUGAUGCAACAUGACACCAUCAUGGAGUCCUCCAACCCUGACUAUGUGCUGGUGGAAGCUGAGGCCAACAGGGUGGCCAAAGAUGCCCUCAAAGCGCUCAAGAUCUCUCGGCAGCAGUGCAGGCUGCCUUAUAAUAGACCUCCUCCUCCGCCGCCUGCAAAGAAACGUUUUGGCCAGAAGAAGAAUUCCCUCUUAGUGUCGCCGCCCGCUCAGUCUGUCUCCACUUCCAUUAGAUGCAAGGAUGCUGCUGUUGUGAAGACGUCUGUUGCAAAGAAACCGAGCGCGGGAGCUCAUUUUAGCGGGGAAGGGCCAGAUGACGACUCCAGCUCAGCCCCGCUGUCGUCCGCGUCGCUGCUGGCCAAGAUAAAAGCUCGAAACCACAUCGCUAAGCCCUCCUCCCAGGGAGCAGCUGCAGAAGAGGAGGAGGAGGAGGAGGAGAAUGGCCCCGGAGCUCCAGGAACCAGCUCUCCUCCUGCUCCACCCACUGAGCAUGACGAGCUGUUAGUGGACCUGCGUAACUUCGUGGCCUUCCAGGCGAGUGUGGACGGCGAGGCCACCACGCAGGAGGUGCUGGAGUAUUUCAAACCAAGGCUGAGCCAGAAACAGGCCCCCGUCUUCCGAGAGCUGCUCAGGAGCAUCUGUGAUUUCCACCGGACCGCCGGUCAGGAAGGCAUCUGGAGACUAAAGGAGCACUUCCGCUGAAGAAAGGAACGACUGUAG